CACCCCUUUUUAUCUGUCUCAUCAAUCAAUCCCACGAACAAAACAACUAAUAAUAAUAAGUUAAUCCAACCAGCAAAAAUGGCGAGCUCCAUUGACGACUCACUAAGGUCCCUCUCCCUCGACUACCUCAACCUUCUCAUAAACGGCCAGGCCUUUAGUGACGUCACCUUCAGCGUCGACGGCCGUCUGGUCCACGCACACCGCUGCAUCCUCGCCGCCCGCAGCCCCUUCUUCCGCCGCUUCUUCUGCAGCGGCGGCGGCGGCGGCGACAUCGACCCGCAGCCGCCGCGCGGCGCCGUCCACGUGGCCUCCGUCGGGUACGACGUCUUCCUCCUCGUCCUCCAGUUCCUCUACAGCGGCCACGCCUCCCUAGUGCCCCACCGCCUCGAGCCGGCCGCCGCCGCCUGCGGGGACAGGGCGUGCGGCCACGAACACUGCGCCGCCGCCGUAGAUCUCGCCCUUGAGACGCUCGCCGCGGCCAGAUCCUUCGGCGUCGAGCAGCUUGCUUUGUUCACUCAGAAACAACUGGCGAGCAUGGUGGAGAAGGCGUCUAUCGAGAACGUGAUGAAAGUCCUAAUCGCGUCUAGCCACCAAGAAACGAACCAACUAUGGACCACUUGCUCCCACCUAGUCGCCAAAUCCGGCCUCCCGCCCCAAACCCUAGCCAAACACCUGCCGGUCGACCUCGUCGCCAGAAUCGAGAAUCUCCGCCUCAAAUCCUCCCUCCCCCGCCACCUCCACCACCACCACCACCACCACCAGUCGAGUAGUGGCGGCACCGACGAGAAGCUCCACCGAAUGCGACGUGCCCUCGACUCGGCCAACGUCGAGCUCGUCAGGCUCAUGGUCAUGGCCGAGGGCCUCGACCUCGACCGCUCCCUGGCCCUUCACUACGCAGUCGAGAACUGCAGUCGGGAGGUCGUCAAGGCCCUUCUCGAGCUCGGCCCGGCCGACGUGAACCUCCCCGCGGGGCCCGGGGGCCGGACGCCGCUCCACGUGGCGGCCGAGAUGGUGUCGCCGGAGAUGGUGGCGGUGCUGCUCGACCACCACGCGGACCCCAACCGGAGGGCGGCCGACGGGACGAGCCCGCUCGACGUGCUCCGGGCACUCACGUCGGAUUUCCUUUUCCGGGGGGCCGGGGGAGGUGGGCCGGCGUCACGCGUGGAACCGAAUAGGCUCCGGCUUUGUCUCGAGCUGGUGCAGUCGGCCGCCUCAGUUAUUUCGAGGGAGGAGGGGAAAGAGGGUGUCGAGGAGCCAGUGAACCGUCGUGGAGGUGGUUCAGUGUACUCCCGUGAUCGGUAUUGUUGA